AUGGCGCAAGUCUUUAACCUCGACCUCACUCUUGGGCCCAUAAUCUGCGGUGCUUUCGUCUGCGUGUUCUUCUUUGGUGUCAUCUGCAUGCAAACGGCGCAUUACUUGACUACAUUCCCAAAUGACUCCAACUACGUGAAGUCUAUGGUGGUGUUCUUGUGGGCUGUCCAGUUGGGUUUCACCAUAGCCAUAUGCCAAAACGCAUAUGGCCUGUUAGUGACCGAUUUUGGACAGGUAUUCGCGCUGUUGUACUCACCAUGGGGGCUGAACGUCGCGCAAAUCCUCGGGGGAGUCAUCAAUCAUGGCGUCCAAGCGUUCUUCAUUCUCCAAAUAUUCCGUGCGACCCGGGCUUUAUAUCUGUGCAUUUUCCUGUGGAUUCUUGUUGCCCUUCUUGAGGCCCUCACACUCUUUCUUUCCGCCCAUUUCAUCCGCACUCGCAGUAUCGCCAUCUCAAUACACAGCCCCCUCUAUUACCGCCUCUUACUGGUCCUAUUCUUCUCGGAUGCAGCUCUAGACCUCAUCAACGCUAGCAUCUUGUGCUUCUACUUGAGGCGACAGCGCCAAUCGGCAUUCAGUACAAGAACAAUUACCCUGGUCGACCGACUCGUCGUAUAUACCUUGCAAACGGGACUCUCAACAAGUCUUGUCGCAGUCGCAUCUGCAGUUUGCCUCAAAGUUGCGCCUGAUAACUAUGUGUGGAUACUGUUCUUUAGCGCUAUGCCCUGCUCUUUCCUGAGCGCGCUUCUUGCCAACAUCAAUAAUCGGGGCAGCCUGCGAUUCAGUCAGCAACACACUUCAGUAACAUCAGAUGGCACACGGAGCAGCGGAAGACAAGGUGUCCGAGUGAAGAUCUCACGCAGCGUUUUGUUAACCGGUGGCUCGGUCAAGAUGGACAGUGAAGUGCUGCCUAGGACUAUCACAGAUGACGACAGGGGGAUGGAACUGGAUAAGAUGGAUGAAUUGAACAUAACUGCACGCCAUUUGGGGCCACAAGCCGUGUAG